UUCAAAUCCUCCAGCCAGUAAAUCGGUCAAAAAUAUUGUAUUUAGUAUAUAGAAAUCUAUAUAAUGUAGUCCUAUCGCUAUUUUUAGUACUGUGAUGGAUCAUACACCGUCUUUUAUUUAUACAGUUAUUGAGAUUGACCUAUCUGUCAUUACUGUACCUGUCACUAUUGCUAGGGUAAAAAGGUUGUUGUAGGUGGAAAGCUUCACUAAUGAAAAUAAUUUAAGUGUAGAUAUCAGUCUGCUUCAUAACAGUAAUAUCUGGAUAAAGAUGCCAAGACUACUCUAGCCGAAUAUUUUAGCAUGUAGGCAGAGCUAGCUUUGUGAUGUACUAUAUACCAAAGUUUUGUACAGUCAUUUCAAAGGGUCGUAACCACUGACAUUUCAGAAGGACAUCACCAGCCUGGUUAGCCCCAAGCUUUUUUUAAAAGCCAGAAAUUUAACCUUGCAUGGAUUUGUCAUUGACAGCAAAAAGAAAGAAAAUAAGCUACUGUAUACAGUGCAACGUUUAAGGUAACGAUUGCAUAGGUAACAUGGUUAAAACAUUUACUUACUAAAGUUAGUUUCAGCUGAACCAUCUGCACAGCAUUAGCUUUUCACACACUCGUGUAGAGUCACACUGCUUAUUAUUAGUCAGUCAAACCAGCUCAGAUUACAGACUGUUAAUGUGUGAUAUAGAUGAAGUUGCUCAACUUUUAGCACACGUGACUUUUAGAAGUCACCCAGGCACAUGUUUUGACCAAAAUAUAUCCAGGCGCUCUGCUAAAGAGCUGAAAAGCGGUUAGCACUGGUUGCUAAGCAGUGAUUGGGGUUGACUAAAGUAAAAAGGGGUGGGUCUUGCAUGUCUGAUUGGCUUAGUUGCUGAUGUUGGCAGUGCAGUCAUACCCCUGCUCUGUAGUAUGGUACACAGCUUUUAUUGCAUACUGAAUGCUGUACUGUAUACUACUGAUGAUGAGUAGCAUGCAGUAUACAGUAUAUACUGGUGCACUGUGCACAAUACUUAUUGUUAUUAUUGUUGUUACAUUAAUCUCACUACAAAUUGGGUCUUGUUGAUCAACUGCAUAGCAAAUCAAAUCCAAACAAAAUUCUAAACUAGACAGUUACUUUACCUUACAAGUCCCUUAACACCAGUCACUUGUUCUGCAUAGGGCAAGACAGAGCUUGGAAUUGAAGUCUGUUUUAUGACCUCAAACCGCAUACUAACAAUUUAUGUGGCAUCUAAUUAUAAAUGUGGUAAUAUAUACUCACAGUAGUUGGUUCAAGACAAAUCAGAAGGGUUGCAGUAGCACUAUGAAAGCUUUUGUAGGCCAGGCAAUAGACUCUUUGUGUCAGUGGUUCCCUCCCUUCCCUCGGUUUCCUUCUGACCGACUGUAACCCAGGCUAGCAUUACAUUCAGUAGAUAAUCAGAUCUACCUCUCGAUUUCUGUCCAGAGGAUAAUUUGCUUUUUAUGCCUUCAUGAAGUAUAUGGCUGUGUUAUCUUGGACUUCAGCUAAGUAAGAGUAGAGAGAGGCCUUCUGUUUUGAUGAAAGCUUUGGUUUAUUGAUUUUUCUCAGUGUACUUGGAGAAAGCGAGUUGGUGCUUUUGGCACAUUGGUUCAUUUACUGGAAGGCUGAUGUGUUCCUGUCUUAUCUUUUGAUUAAUGAAGGCAAUAUUCCUGAUAACUGGGUUGGAUCUUUUUGUUCUGCAUGUGUGCGUUCAUCUGUGUGGAUGGUCAUAGUUCAACUCAAGCAGAACAUGUCUAUCCUUAGCAUUUCACACAAUUUAUUUCCUAAUGAUUUUGUAAGUAGCUCUUUUUAAAAUUUAUAUUUCAAAUGAAUUUAAUAAUUUUUACUGUUCUGUUUUAUUAUUGCUUGAUCUGAGCAUUUCCUGAUUUCUUUCUCCUCCAGAUUUGAUGUAGAGCAGUAUGCCAGUUCUUUAUCAGUGAUAUGAGCUUCAGCCAUUAUCUCUGAGCAUUUGAGGACUCUUGUCAUAGUGCAGAGGUCCAAACAGUCAAUAGUCUCUCCACAACUGCAGGGCCACAGAUACAGUAUAUGAAAGGGCGGCUGCAGGGUUCUCCAUUAUGGCUUGUGACGGGAGCGAGCUCAAACUUAUGGUGGAUCGUCUGGAGGUGACCGGCCCAGCUGUAUCACCCAACGCUCUGUCCAGCAGCUCGGACGGUGGCCCGUAUGGUGUGGACUCUGUGGACGGCACCCCAGACCCACAACGUACCAAGCAGGCCAUCGCCCAGCUGCAGCAGAAGAUCCUCAAGCUGACUGAACAGAUCAAGAUCGAGCAAACUGCCCGUGACGACAAUGUGGCUGAGUACCUGAAGCUGGCCAACAAUGCUGACAAACAGCAGAGCGCACGCAUCAAGCAGGUGUUUGAGAAGAAGAACCAGAAAUCAGCUCAGACCAUCCAGCAGCUGCAGAGGAAGCUGGAGCACUAUCACCGCAAACUUAGGGAGGUGGAGCACAACGGGAUACCACGUCAGCCCAAAGAUGUACUACGGGACAUGCACCAAGGGCUAAAGGACGUUGGGGCCAAGGUGACGGGUGGCCUUUCCAGCUUCUCCCAGGCCACUCACUCAGCAGCGGGUGCCGUGGUGUCCAAACCCCGUGAGUUUGCCUCUCUCAUUCGCAACAAGUUUGGCAGCGCGGACAACAUUUCAGCCUUGAAGGACUCUCUGGAUGAGACUCAGGGUGAUGAGACCAUGUCGGGGGCGGGGCCGUCAGGAGCUAGAGCCCUGGCACCUGGCCAGUUGCAGUCCAGUCCCAAGUAUGGCAGUGAAGACGACUGCUCCAGUGCCACUUCAGGUUCAGGGGGGGCCAACAGCACCACAGGGGCUCCAGGAGGUCCCCCUAGCUCCAAAGGCAACACCCUGGAGCUUGGCCAAAGCUCAGGCUUCGAUGCACUGUUUCACGAGAUUCAGGAGCUGAGAGAAAACCAGAGUAGAUUGGACGAGUCAUUUGAUAGCCUGAAGAGCCACUAUCAGAGGGACUACACCCUCAUCAUGCAGGCUCUGCAAGAAGAGCGAUUCAGGUGUGAACGUCUAGAGGAGCAGUUGAAUGAUCUUACAGAACUUCACCAGAAUGAAAUUUUAAAUUUGAAGCAGGAGUUGGCCAGCAUGGAGGAAAAAAUCGCAUACCAGUCUUACGAACGAGCCAGAGACAUACAGGAAGCACUGGAGGCCUGCCAAACACGUAUAUCUAAGAUGGAGUUGCAGCAGCAACAGCAGCAGGUGGUCCAAUUGGAAGGUUUGGAGAACGCCACGGCACGCACUUUACUUGGGAAACUCAUCAAUGUACUUCUAGCCGUCAUGGCGGUCCUGCUGGUGUUCGUCUCCACAGUGGCAAACUGCGUGGUCCCGCUGAUGAAGACGCGCAGCCGCACUCUGUCCACCUUGCUCCUAGUUAUCCUCCUGGCCUUUCUCUGGCGGAACUGGGAGGCCUUGUCACUGUAUCUGGACCGUUUCCUGCUGCACCCAAGAUGACCUGCAGGGGAAGAGCUCACAUAAUGAAGGGACAGAAGAGCGGGGUGUAACAAAGAGGGCAGAGACUGGUGCGCUGCCUCAGCUGCUCUGAGCUCAGAGGGACGGGGCUCAAUGGAGACUGAUAUGAAGGGAGAUCUCAGACUUUUUUUUUUUUGGUUUUUUUUUUUUGGUUUUUUUGCUAUUUCCUUACCCAAGGAGUGAAUUUGUUUACAUUUUGAUGAAGACCUUUUUUCCAGCAACAGGAAAUAUUGUAAUGCUGAGUUUCUUUUCUUUUCUUUUCUUUUCUUUUCUUUUCUUUUGUUGUUGAAAGUGAUGCAAGUUGUGUUGCUUGAUGUCCUUGUAAUUAUCGUCAGAAUAUACAUUUAUGCAAAUAACUGGGAUCUGGUUUUGCAACGCGGAAAUAACAUCAGAGUGUUUUGAAUGCAAACAGCACAUAUAUCCUCCUCAUCAGCAUAACUUUGGUCACUCUCACCACUCACCCCCCCCCCUUUUAAGAUUAGCUGUCCGCCGUGCUUUUAGUCUCUACUUUCCUUAACCAUAUUUUCCUCUCUUUCUCAUCUCACAGUCUGUAUUUCUCCAAUUUUUUCCGCCUUUCUUUCUGCUUGUGUGCUCUUUACGUCACAGUCUUCUUUCUCCUCUUUAUGAUCCUUUGCUGCUGACAGGACCUCUGCAUAGUCAUCACUGGAUGAAGGAACAGAUGAGUUAUGUUGGUGCACAUGAGUUCCUGAGUUUGAUUAGCUGGGCCUUAACGGACUGGGCCACGGAAUAGGAGCAUUCUUGGCCUGUGGAAAACCCAGGCUGCCUCGCCUCGCCUCCUCAUCUCUAGCCCCGUGUCCCGUGCCCCUGUUGGCCUGCUCUCAUGGAGGCACUCCCUCCAAAUCGUGAACAGAAUGAACAUACUUGAAGAGCUAGAAAGGCUCAAAGACUCUCAGUGCUUCCGUACUGUUUCUUAUAGCGACAAUGAAAUAGUCCUUUUUAGUUUUUAUUUUUUAUUUUUUAAAACUAAAUGAAUAAACGGGCUGUUUUAAAAGUGAAA